AUGUUACAACAAGAAAUCUGCAAGCACCUGCGGUUGGCUGGUCUGUUGAUUGCUGCUCUGGCUGGUCUCCUCGCAGCAUUAUUAGCGGUUCACCAGCUUGUGCUUCCCGUUGUCGGCUGGAUCUUCCCUUCACUGGAAUCAACAUUCUUUGAUCUUGCCGUAUAUGGUGGCUACCCGCAACGGUACUACGUCUCACACAACUUGACUUCACCAGACCUGCAACAAGUACGGUGGGACGACAAAUGCGACAAUGGCUUUAUCUUUAUCUCUCCCCAAGGCAAAUCAGUCGAACAUCCCGGCCCUAUGAUCCUAGAUGCAAGAGGGAACCUUGUAUGGCAGACAGACCGGUAUGGGCAGGCCAUGAACUUGAAGGUCCAGGAGUAUAAGGGUGAGAAAUACCUUACCUUCUGGGCUGGUCUCAGAGGCUCGAGCUAUGGCUAUGGAGACUACUAUAUGCUCGACUCCUCAUACCAAGAACGAUAUCAAGUCUCUGCCGUUGGCGAGGGCCUCAAAGGCGAUCUUCACGAAUUCACUCUAACGAAAGACGGCACGGCGCUCAUCACCAUCUACAACGUAACACAAACCGACAUGACUGCAAUGCGAAGGCCGGUCAAUGGCUGGGUCAACAACAACUUGUUUCAAGAGAUUGACGUCGAGACUGGCACAUUGUUGUUCGAGUGGAAUGCGCUGGACCACUUCUCUAUCAUGGACUCGUUCUACACACAUCCGCUGGCCGGAUACUGGGAGUCGAUUCCGUUUGACUGGUUCCACAUCAACAGUGUUGAGAAGGACGCCCAUGGCGACUACCUCAUAUCUUCUCGUCACUUGCACUCUCUGAUCAAGGUCAAUGGCACCAAUGGCGACGUUGUCUGGGUCCUUGGAGGCAAGCAAAACAGCUUCAGAGACAUCUCGGCUGGUGGAGCUACAAGUUUCAGUUGGCAACACGAUGGUCGCUGGCUGGAUCAGGACCAAGGCACUCUGACCGUCUUCGAUAACAGCGAUGCCGGCCCUCUCCAUCUUGAUGCCUCGUAUUCUACCGCUCGCAUGAUUCAAAUCAACACGACCGAGAACACAGCGAAACUCCUGCACGAAUACGUCUCUGACCGACACACUCGCGCUGCCUCGCAAGGCUCAGUACAAGUCCUACCAUCGACGAACACCGUUUUCGUUGGCUGGGGCCAUUCGCCAGUCUUUUCAGAAUUCGAUGUUGACGGCACAUUAUUAUGUGAAGCUCACUAUGGCGCACAGUACAUCUCACACUAUGGCCGUGUAACAUCCUACCGCUCACUCAAGGCUGACUGGGUGGGCGUGCCCUUGGAAUCUCCGAAAGCAAAAAUCCAGGACGGGAGGCUAUACGCGUCUUGGAAUGGUGCUACAGAAGUUGCGACAUGGACGUUACAAUCUACCGACUCCUGGGCGAAAUCCGAAUUUAGCGAUGUCGAUGUAGUUGACAAGACAACCUUCGAAACCUCAUUCCUAUUACCCGAGGGUGACUCGAAGAUGUCAUACCGUGUUGUUGCUUCCGAUGACGAGGGCAACGUUCUCGGAACUUCCGAGCUUGCGAUUGAAGAUCCGAUGACCACAGCACAGAGCGUAUGGAGCAUAUUGCUUCCGCUUGGAGGCAUCUUUGGUGUGAUAAUCAGCUUCGAGGCUGUGAGACGCUUCCGAAAAGGAGAGCGUGUCCUGCCCAAGUGGAAGAGAGGGACGAGCAACUACUCUUACAAGUACACCCCUUUGUGA